AUGAAUUGUAUAAAAAUCGUAUUUGAUAGCAAGUUUAUCAAUUGACAUGUAUACGUAAUGAAAUCGACCGCGAUAUUGUUGCAUAGUGGUGAUAAAUCAGUGUCCUUCGCUAAACGAAACAGUUUAUCUAAAGGUGCUCGCUAAGUAACGUGAAAAUGGCGGAACAACCAGGAGGUAUAGGCUCUCAGAUCGGUAAAGCAAUCACUAACAAGCUGUCGGAGUCUCUACAGAAUAUGGACGUGUUAGGAUUACUCCAAAAUAUCAUAGCAAUGACUCCAGAGGACGAGGAAUCCGAGGAAAUAAGAGAGAAAUUACAAGGUGUUAUGAAACAAUAUAACGAAAUGGCUGAAGAUGAGAAAGUUUUGUUCGCGGAUCAAUUGAAAGAAGCGUUAGCAACAAAAAUGAAGAUGAAAUUGGAUAAUACUCCGUUUGAUCUGAGCGGAGUGGAUGCGGCGAUCAGUCGCGCUAUUUAUGUACAAGUGGUAUUGUACGGGCUUGCCGCGUUGUUUUUAUUAAUACUUAUUGUAUUCUUCGGCUACAAGCUGUAUAAAUCAAUAAAAGACAAAGAAAUAAAACGAGAGGAAAAGAAGAAAGCUAAGCAAAUGAAAAAGAAGAAAUAAGGAUAUUUUUACAACCGACGAUUAAGUUACUGAAGUUAAGUUAGGAAACGACACCUUGCCUGAAAUAUUAUGUACGGAUUCUGAUAUUUGUAUGUCACCGGUAAAUUUCUAAUCCCGCCCGUUUGUAAUUUGUCUAGCACAUUGAUUUCAUCCUAAAUUCGACACUUUGUAAAUAUUUAUCAUUUACGAUACGUUUAGAUUUAAAGUUUCGCUACAAUUCAUCCGCCGCCAAAAAAUAACUAAAACCGUAGCGCAACAUAGGCAAAUUACAAAUAGGAUGAAUUUGCGAUAUGCCGGUGACUACCAAUUAUAACGAUUGCUUAUUUACUUACAUAUACAAAAAUCUUUAUUUUUUUAUACUUUAGUUAUUAUUGCUUUUUCCUGUUACAAAAACAUAUU